AGAAGAACCUUGAUUUCGCUAAAAAAAAGUGCUGUUGAUUUUACUAAAGAGACGGCAGAAGUGAAAGAAAACGUAGCGAAAGCAGAAAACAUAAUUAACUCAUUGAAGUUUGCGAGUUACGUUGAGAAUAACUUGUGUGACCUCAAAGAGGGCAUUCCUGACCAUGAAUACGAUGCGACUGUUGACGAAAUUGCUGAUUUGACCGGCAUGCCAGAAAAACUCAAAAAGAUAAUCAAGCGAGCGAGAAAUUUGACCGGUGGAAAUAUUCUCGCUGUCAAUAAGCUGGGGUUCAAGGCCGACGAUGGUAGCCUAGUCUUUGGUCGAGUAGCCGUCAUCCGUCGAGGGAAAGUUCUAGACAUGGCAUACUCACUUCACUCGGUGGAAUAUGAGCUCAUCUCAAAACAUGACAACGCAGAAAAUUUUCAGCAAUUCUCGGAAAGCCUUAACAACGAGAAUGAUGACGAAGCGAAAGGAAACUCCAAGAAGGGAAUUUCCAUGGACCUGAGAAACGACUUCACGGCGUUCUUCCAUAAGCAGGCCAUCGACGGAUUUGUGAAGCAUUGCGAUUAUGUUUUGAAAACCAUGAACCAC